AUGGAUACCAAUAGUGGAGAUAAGAAUGCUGCAAAUACAGGAGGAGCUGAUGGGCUUGUGAAGACUGUAUCUGUUUUAUUAAGAGAUAACAAAUGUAAAUUUAAUAUAGAUGAAAGUUAUGAUCAAAAUGAUAAAGAGAAAUUAUUAAAUGAUGUAGGUCAACAGGAUAGUGGUAUGAUAAAUUGUUUGAUGGAGAAAUUAACAACUAAGAAAUUUUUAGAAGAGAAAGAAACAAAGAAUAGUUUUUAUUUAGUAGAUAAUGAAAAUAUGAAAAUAAAAAAAUUAAAAGAACAUGGUCAUUCAGCUUCAUUAAAUGAUGAUUUAAGUCCAUUACAAUAUGAAAGAACAAAAUAUAUACCUACCUUACCUAAAGCAUUUGCUAGUGAAUAUCAAAUAUUAGAAGAGAAUUAUGGAGAUGAAUUUAUAAAUAAAAAUGAUUAUGAAGAUGUAAAGAGGUUUUUAAAAAAUUUACAUAAUUUACCAAUGUUAAAUGUUAAAGAAAGUAAUAAUAAUGAAUCUUUUAAAGGUGGCAAUAUUUUAAAAAUUGGUAUUAUUUUAUCAGGUGGUCCAGCUCCUGGUGGUCAUAAUGUUAUAUCUGGUAUAUAUGAUUAUGCAAAACGUUAUAAUGAACAAUCACAAGUUAUUGGUUUUCUUGGUGGUAUUGAUGGUUUAUAUAGUAAAAAUUAUGUUACUAUAACUGAUAGUAUGAUGAAUAGAUUUAGAAAUUUAGGUGGUUUUAAUAUGUUAUGGUCAGGUAGAGGAAAAGUAAAAAAUAAAGAUGAUUUAAUUGCUAUCGAAAAUAUUGUAUCCAAAUUGAAAUUAAAUGGUUUAGUUAUUAUUGGUGGUGAUGGUUCUAAUAGUAAUGCAGCUUUGAUUUCUGAAUAUUUUGCAGAAAGGAAUAUUCCUAUAUCUAUUAUUGGUGUUCCUAAAACUAUUGAUGGUGAUUUAAAAAGUGAAGCAAUUGAAAUUAGUUUUGGUUUUGAUACUGCUACUAGAACAUAUUCAGAAAUUAUUGGAAAUUUAUGUACAGAUGUAAAAACUGGUCAUAAUGUUUAUCAUGUUGUUCGUGUUAUGGGUAGAUCAGCAUCACAUGUUGUUUUAGAAUGUGCUCUACAAACUAGACCAAAUGUUGUUUUAAUAGGUGAAGAAGUUGAACAAUUAAAUUUAUCACUUAAAGAUAUUGUUAAAAAUAUUGUUAAUAUUAUAUUAAAAAGAAAAUCAUUAAAUAAAAAUUAUGGUGUUAUCUUAUUACCUGAAGGUUUAAUUGAAUUUGUACCCGAAAUGAAAAUAUUAAUUUCUGAAUUAAAUGUUAUUUUAAAAGAUGGACCAUUUGAUGCUUCCAAACUUCAAAAAUCAAAAGAAGUAUGGGAUUUCUUACCACCUAUUAUUAGAGAUCAAUUAUUAAUGGAUAGAGAAUCUACUGGUUAUAUUCAAGUUGGUAAAAUCGCUACCGAAAGAUUAAUUAUUGUAUUAGUUGAAUCUGAACUAGCCAAAUUAAAUAAUAAAAACCUAAAUAUUCAAUUUAUGUCACAUUAUCUAGGUUAUGAAGGUAGAUGUGCUAUUCCAUCCAAUUUUGAUUGUAAUUAUUGUUAUGCAUUAGGUUACAACGCUGCACUCUUAAUUGAUCAUAAAAAAACAGGAUAUAUGUCCAUUAUUAGAAAUUUGGCAGAUUCAUAUACUAACUGGAUACCAGCUGCUAUCCCAUUCUUACGAAUUAUGCAUGUAAUUAAAGACAAUACAGGUAAUGAAUUCCCAGCAGUCAAAAGAUAUUUAGUUGAUUUAAAUAGUCCAUUAUUUAAUGUAUUAAAGGAAGUUAGGGGGCUGUGGUCUCUUUAUGAUUUAUAUAGAUCUCCAGGACCUAUCCAAUUUAAUGGCCAUUUAGGUAAUGCACGUUGUUAUACUGUUAAGACUCCAACAAAGGAUAAUUUGUUAUGUCAGAAUGCCGAUGAUUUAGAGCUUAUUAUAAAUUUAACUAACAAGAAUACAAAUGGAAAUAAUGGCCACAAUAAUCAUAAUGUAUCUGAUGAUAAGGCAAAAGAUGGUGAAUCAUCAUCAUCAAGUUCUUUUAAAAAAACCAACUACAAUCUAAGUGAUAAUAAUACAAAUACUAAUUAUAAUAAUAUAUCUGAUGGAUCUACAUUUGGUAAUACUACCUUAUUAAAUAAUACAACCUGUAAUGUAAAAGUUGAUGGAGUGAAUACUUCAAAUAAUCAAGAAGGUAAUACAUCUGAUGUUUUGUCUGCAGAACCUGUAAACCAAGGUUUUUAUGAACAACAUGCAUCUAGUUAUAAAUCCUUAGGCUGUAUGUCAGAAUUACAAACGUCUAGAUUAUACAACAAAUUAGAAUUGCCUGAAUUAUGUUCUGAUUUGAAAGCAAAGGUUAGAGCUGGAAAACAGUAUAUAUCAAAUGAUCCUUAUACACAAAAACAGAUUUUAUCAAAUUAUCCACAUAUGUCAUAUGAAAACAAAUUUCAGAUACAAGAAAUAUUUCAUGACAAAUACGCUAGCCCUAUUUCGUUUGAAAUAAGAAUUGGUAUAGUAUUUUUAUCAAGACAAGCACCAGGUGCUAUGAAUGUGUUAUGUGGUUUAUAUAGGCGUUUGAAAUUAUUAAAAGGUGUUUGUAUUGCAUUUUAUGGUUUAUAUGGAUUAUUACAUAAUAAGUAUAUUAUAAUAGAUGAUGAUAAUAUUGCAAAAUAUGUAAAUCAAGGAGGUUUAGAAUUAACUGGAAAUUCUCCAGAGCAUUCAUUAUUUGAUAAAGAAAAUAGAAAUAAAGUAUGUGAGACGGUUACCCAAUUACAGUUAAAUGGUUUAGUUAUGCCAGGAUCUAAUAUAACUAUUACAGAAGCUGCAUUAUUAUCAGAAUACUUUUUAGAAAAAAAAAUACCCACAUCUGUUGUAGGUAUACCAUUAACAGGAUCUAAUAAUUUGAUACAUGAAUUAAUAGAGACAUGUGUUGGUUUUGAUAGUAGUACAAAGGUAUAUGCAUCAUUAAUUGGUAAUGUAUUAACAGAUGCAGUAAGUAUGCCUAAAUAUUGGCAUUUUAUUCGUUUAAUGGGAAGAUCUCCGUCACAUGAAGUUUUAGAAUGUGCUUUACAAACUCAUCCUAAUGUAGUAAUUAUAUCAGAAGAAUAUGGAGCAGCAGAUAAAACAUUAUGGAGAGUUGUUCAAGAUAUUGCUGAUGUUGUAUGUGCAAGAGCUGAUGUUGGAAAAAAUUAUGGUACUGUAUUAAUACCAGAUGCAUUAUUAAUGCACUUACCACAUAUGAAAAUAUUAUUAUCUGAAAUAAGUGAUAUAUUAAAUGAGGCAUCUGAGAAAGGACAAUUAUUAGAAGCAAGGAAUGAUUUAGUAAAUUUAUCUGGUGUAGAUCAUGGUCAAUUAACAUCAGAAUGGGUUUCUAAAUUAACACCAUGGAGUUUAGCCUUAUUAAAAACGUUCCCACAAUUUAUUAUAAAAGAAUUAUUACAAGUAGAUUUGAGAUCUAUGCGUUUUGAACAAUUAGAAACUGAACAAUUAUUAUUACAAAUGGUGAAGGAAGAAUUACAAGAUAGAAAGAAAAAAGGAAAAUAUUCUGGAAGUUUCAUGGGAUUAACACACUUUUUUGGUUAUCAAGGACGAUCAUCAUUACCAUCAGAAUUUGAUUGUAAAUUAGCAUAUGCAUAUGGACAUGCAGCAUCUAUAGUUAUUGAAAGUGGAUUAACAGGAUAUAUAGUAUCUAUAAGAGGAUUAUGUGGUAAUGUAAAAGAUUGGAAAUUAUUUGCUAUACCAUUUAUAUCAUUAAUGAAAAUAUUACCAAAAGGACAAGGAAGUAAAUAUUUAAAAAGUGCAUCUAAAGGUGAUCUACCAGUAAUACCUAGUGCACCUGUAGAUUUAAAUGGUAAAGCAUAUAGAAGCUUAAAAAUUGCUUUACAAAAAUGGCAAAUGGAAGAUCGUUUUUGUAAUCCAGGACCAAUACAAUUUGAAGGUAAUGCAUCUAAUUAUUAUAAUAGGAUAUUAUUUGAAGAACAAUCAGAAUAUUUUGAAAUGUUAAGAUAUGUUGAAUGUUAUGCAAAUAUUUUAAAAGAUACUUGCCGUUUUGGUGUCUCAGCUGAUUAUUUGAAAAAUGUUUUUGUACAAUUAUGUGGUAUGUUGGUAUUAGCAUAUAAGCCUAAUGAUAUCUUAUCUAAUAUGCCAUACAUUGGAAGUAUAGAAGAUUAUUAUGAUUGGGAAAACCAGAGAAAAAGAAUGAAUUAA